CCUCCCUCCCUUUCAUUUCCCCAGACCCAGCUGUGUUUCCGCGCAAACAUGUCGAGUUCCUACAGAAACCGGAUUCAGGAGUUUAAGACGGCGCUGGGUGAGGAGAAGAUCGACCUGAAGGCACUACGGGAGCUCUGCUUCGGUGGAAUUCCUUUCGAGGGUGGGAUUCGAUCCCUGUGCUGGAAGAUCUUGUUGAACUACCUGCCCCUGGACCAGACACUAUGGGACUCAUUCCUGAAAAAGCAGAGGGAGGUUUAUUCCCAGUUUCUGAAGGAGAUGAUCAUCCAGCCAGGAAUCGCUAAAGCUAAUCUGGGUCUCUCCAGAGAGGACGUGACCAUGGAGGAUCACCCUCUGAAUCCGAAUCCGGAGAGCCGAUGGAACAACUACUUCAAGGAUAACGAGGUCCUGUUACAGAUCGAUAAAGACGUCAGGCGUUUAUAUCCUGACAUGGCAUUCUUCCAGAGACCCACUGAGUUUCCCUGCCAGUUGAUCCUCGACUCACAGAACGAGUACGAAACUCUGCGCAGACGCGUCGAACAAACCACGCUCAAAGCUCAGACCGUCAACCGCAACCGCAGCGGAGUCACCAACGUGAGUUCCCCGGGCAAAGCACUGAACCUGUACCCAUCCAACGAGUACGAGGUUUUGCCGAACGGUUGUGAGGCGCACUGGGAGGUGGUGGAGCGAAUCCUGUUCAUCUAUGCCAAGCUGAACCCAGGCAUCGCCUACGUCCAGGGCAUGAACGAGAUCGUCGGGCCGAUUUACUACACCUUCGCCAUCGACCCCAACCCAGAGUGGAAAGAGCACGCUGAGGCCGACACGUUCUUCUGUUUCACCAACCUGAUGUCGGAGAACCGCGACAACUUCAUUAAGAGCCUGGACGACUCGCAGUGCGGCAUCACAUACAAGAUGGAGAGCGUCUUCUCCAUGCUCAAGGAGAAGGACCUGGAGCUCUACAUGAAACUGCAGGAGCAGAAUAUAAAGCCGCAGUACUUUACGUUCCGCUGGCUGACUUUGCUGCUCUCUCAGGAGUUUCUGCUGCCAGAUGUGAUCCGGAUUUGGGAUUCGCUUUUUUCCGAUCAGGAUCGUUUCCACUUCCUCAUACUCGUCUGCUGCGCCAUGCUCACUUUAAUUCGUGAUCAGUUGCUGGCAGGAGACUUUACAACCAACAUGAGAUUACUCCAGGAUUACCCCAUUUCAGACGUACACACCAUCCUCACCAAGGCGAAGGAGCUGCAGGACGGCUCGUAGCUCACACACUUGUCAUACAGAGAAACCAUGACAACCAGAGCAGUGCCGCGUUGCCUCCUGGGAAGGAUGUCAUCUUUCUGCCAUUGCAUUAUGGGAAAUUACGGGAGAAACCUUACGCCUCGGCUUAUGGCUCGUGGGCCGCGCCUCUCGUAGUCAGACUGUGUGUGUGUGUGUGUGUGUGCGCGCGCGCGUUUGAUUGCACUGAACACUUGAAAAGGAUCCAGCAGUGUCCAAAACACUCUCCAAAUUUGCAAUCCAAGUGAAGGUUUCUCAGUGUUUAUUUUUUAUUUUUUUCACUUAAUUUUUUUUAAAGCCUUUUACUUUAUAAAUGUUGACUUAAUUUGAUUUUUUUUUUUUUUUUACGAUGAAUGUAUUCAUGAUGGAAAGGAAGAGCAGAAAUUUAACAGCAGCACACGCCAUUAACAAACAUUUCUACUACACUAAGCACAUGCCAAUCAUCAGUUAUACGAUUCUUGAGCCAAAAAAAAGCCAACAAACCCCAUGUAUCAACACUCCACUGUUUUUGUUGCUAUGGUUACAUUUUAGGCGGGUGUUAUCUUCUUCGUCACUCUGUGCUCUAAGGAAUUAACGAAGACUCGGUAAGACUGACAUUGGAUGUGUCCUAAUAAUGCGUUACACCACAGUGCUGCUGAGUUCUGGACUCUGAUUGGUCAGAAGGUGUUGAUUAAUUUUCUAUAACGGCAGCCCUGAUAGCAGUGCAGGUUUAUAUUAAUGCACUCAUUUCAGUACGUUAUUUCACAGGGGCGUGUACAGCGGACGCUCCACUGAUGAUGAGCAGAUUAAAAAGGGUUUUGUGGAAGGAGAUGUUUAUGUAACAUUUAUGGAAGGAGUCUCCAGUGUCAGAGGUAAAGCUGUAACUAAGUUUUUCAACAUUUUCAGGUGUUUUUGUUUUUGGUCUUAUUACCUUCAGGAGAAAGUAAGAACAGGAACACCGACUUUCAACAACUAUAAACGGUGAAGAAUGUGGUGUAAGCGGAAUAAAAUGCGUAGGGAUGUGCUCUUAUAGGAAACUAAUCAACGUUGUUGUGGUAACUACACUUCAGCACGCCAACAGCACGUUGUGUUUUGUUCUUUACGGAGCGGCUACUUUGAGCGUUAUUCCUCAGUUUAAUAUGAUCCGUGUGAGAAACCAUCAUGGGGAAGUGAAUUAUGGGAUAUAAUCAGAAGCUGUUCGGGGUGUGAAGCUGAAUACAGGGAUAUACUUCAACCUCCUUAUCCUGAAUAAAGGAUGGAGUAUCAGCUGCGUGUGUGUGUGUGUGUGUGAGAGAGAGAGAGAGAGAGAGAGAGAGAGAUGGUUUUAGUCUCCGAUGCCUUUUCUACUGACAUGGAGCCAGUGCUGUUCCGGUUCUCUAAACUGUUACAUCAUAAUGUGGGCGGAGCUUACAGACGGAGCUUAACUUCAAACUAAGACCUUAUUGUCCAAUUCCUUACGUCUUGAUUAGUUUUAAUGUCACUCACUCAACAAGGGCGGAGCUUAGCCUGCAUUAUAUUAUAUCAGCCAACUGCAGACUUGAUCAGUCGUCUCAGUUGAGGAGGCGUGACCUCUGUGAUGUCUGCUUUUGAAACAGGUGUGGCCUCUCCGUGUUCUUGCUAGAAAUGGAGGUGUGGCCUUUUAGCCUGUUCCUUCUAGUGAUGGAGGUGUGGCCUCUGCACCUGUCAGUCCCACUGGAGGGGGUGUGGCUUCUCUGGUGUUUGUCCUGUUGAAGGCAUGUCAAUUCCACUAAUGAGGUGUGACCAUUGUGAUGUCCGUUGUCAUGUGAUGCCUUUCUGCCUGUUAGUCAUAGUGAAGUGGGUGUGGCUUUGUUCCAGUCAUUUCCAGUGAAGGUGGCUUCUUUUGCCCGUCAGUCCUACUAAAAGAGGCAUAAUUGAGGAGAUAGAGGUGUGGCCUGUGUGCUUGUCAGUGCUGAUAAAGAAGGUGUGGCCUCUGUAGUUUUGGUUACUGUGAAGGUGUGGCAUAUGUUUGUCAAAUCCAGGAAAAUGGGUGUGGCAUUUGGGAAUACAAUUGUCAUUCCUAUUGAAGGAGGUGUGGCCUGUGUAUCUGGCAGUCUUGGUGAAAGAGGCGUGGCCUCUCACUCAGUUAGUUGUGGCUUCAGAACCAAACGGAGUUGCUGAAUGAAGGGUUCCAGGUAAAGUUCUGGCACCGUGUCUGUGGAAAAGUGUUUGAGUUUACUAACCACGUACUAAUCCCAGUAACGCAUUACCACAUCUGCUGUUUAAAUCUGCUAAAGUGUUUAAUCUUCAGCACAGUAUGGACGCUGUUUCUGUCCUUGACCGCUGGAAAGAUGGAACUGGAAAACUGUAACUGAGCUGUACAGAUGAACAAAUAGACCUGUGCUGGUAUUGACUUUCACAUCAUCAAAGCUAACUUUUUUUUUCUUGUAUAAAUACAGUGUUGGUAAUGUUACUCUUUUACGAGUUACUGCACACUACAAUGUUCUUGUUCUGUUCAGCAGAAAAUGAAUAUUGGACUGUUUCUGUAAAAUGUACCAUUAUACACUUGUCCUUGUUCCACAUUCCUCAUGCCACAGAUAUUUAUCUCACUGCCCAAAAUCCCAGUGCUCCCUACAUAGGCAGCCUUAGGAGUGACGUUAAUGUUGAGACGUCCACAAUAACAAUAUUGCCAUUGAUUCCUGGCACAUGCUUCAAAGCAAUUGAAUCACGAUGCCACUUUCCAGCUUGAUUUAUUAAACGGAUGACACAAACGGAUGAUUAAUGCAGAUCUGUCGAAUGUGUUCACUUUCCCAAAUGAUUUGAAACCUGAUUUUGUGAUGCUUUCUGAUGAUUUUAACACUAAAGGGUUGUUUUUGGAAAA